AAUAGCUACUGUAACAGUAUAAAUCACAAACGUUUGGAAACGAUGUAUCCAUUGUGUGUAGUCCAUGAGGUGCCAGAGAAAAACACAAAGGUCCGGAGCUCUUCUGUAAAUGUAUGAUUUCAUACCACUGAUUGGCCGGGGAUUCUACUCACCUAGUGUCCCAGGUCUGAAUCAUUCCCUGAUUAGAGGGGAAUAAUUUAAACCACACAGAACUUUUCACCUUAAUAUCUUAGUUUGAGAAAAGGGGGUUUAGAAAAUAGAGAUGACCCACCUCUCCUCCCGUCUUUCUUUCCCUCUUUUCCCAGAUCCAGACCAAUAGACAGGAGCGAUGGAGAGGUCCAGGAAGAGGACCAACAGAAGAGCUUACCUCCCCCCCAGCAGCACCCUGGGCCAAGGCUAGGAGCUCCACACCAACACCCACUGUAAACCCUACCGCAUUUUGAACUCAAAUACUUCUAGUAAGUUGAACUCAAAGUUGAUGAAAAGUCAUUAUUACCUAAAAUGUUUAUGUGGAUCUGACUCAAAGUCUCAUCAACUCAAUUUUUUAAAGUUAUGAUAACAAAGGAAAUGUUUUACCCAGCAUGCUCUACUGCAGGCAUAUUUUGGGGAAUUGUUCUAAAUAUCUGUGUUUUUACAUGUACAUUGAAUGACAGAUUCAUCUUAUGCUACACAAAGAUAAAUAACAUACAUGUUUGUAAACUAAUCCAAUCAUUUAGGUCAAUUUUUUUGCACUUGUUACUGAAAUGGUUGUUCCAGUUGAAAUGGUUUAGGUCGUCUCCUCACACGUGUCCUGACCCUGGCAGUCAUUAUGAAUGCAGGUUGCGGGUGAAUGCUAACUGUUGGAUAGCAAAGCUCAGGAUUCCAAUAGGAAUGGCACUUUGCAAGCCAGCAUAAUGUGACUUGCAGGUAGGGUUGCAAAUGUCUGGUAAAUUCCCAUGUUUUUCAGAAUUACUGGUUGGCUGAUUCCUGAAAAUUUGGGGAAAGUUAGCAGAAUUAUGCAACCCUACUUGUAGGCCUGAUUCGGCUUGUAAACCAUAUGUUUCAGGCCACUGUAUUAGGGUGAAGAUAGGCCUCAAAAUAAGGCCGUAUAAGCUAUGUAAUGUAUUGUCAUAAAGAGUUUAAUGACAACAUUCACUUAGGAACUCGUUUGGUGAAGGCCACAGAACUAAAAAUGAAUGAAUUCAACAACCAUGUCUCUGUCACUAACAAAUACAGUCAUGGGGGGUAACCCUACAAUUCACUCAAAAAGACAAGUCACACUGGGAAAUUAUAUUGAAGGCGUAGCUUAGCUGGGGCGUUUCUCAAAAUGUUCAAGCUGACACAACUCAAAUCUGGACCCCUACAGCAGGGGUGUCGAACUCAUUCCAUGGAGGGCUUAGUGUCUGCAUGGAAUGAGUACUUGUUCCUUUCAAUUAAGCCCUGGACAACCAGGUGUGGGGAGUUCCUUACUAAUUAGUGAUCUCAAUUCAUCAAUCAGGUACAAGGGAGGCGCCAAAACCAGCAGACACUCGGGCCCAACGUGGAAUGAGUUUGACACGUGUUCUACAGGGUCACAGGUGACUCUAUCGGUUUGAGUAAUAACUACAAAAUACUUUUAAGUAACUGUAGGUUACUCAGACAUAUUAAGUGCAACAGGCUUCCUAAAAACAAUGGGGUAAUGACAGCACAUUGGGGUUUACACUGCCAUUACAGAGAGAGAAGCAGGGAAAGCCUCACUCCAUCACGUCAGUAAAGAAAACAAGAAAGAAACCGAAACAGAGAGAGAAAAGUCACUCCCAGUGAGAAGAGAUGCAAACAGAUAAACAGAGAGAGAAAGGUCACUCCCAGUGAGAAGAGAUGCAAACAGACAAACAGAGAGAGAAAAGUCACUCCCAGUGAGAAGAGAUGCAUACAGACAAACAUAGAGAUAAAAGUCACUCCCAGUGAGAAGAGAUGCAAACAGACAAACAGAGAGAGAAAAGUCACUCCCAGUGAGAAGAGAUGCAAACAGACAAACAGAGAGAUAAAAGUCACUCCCAGUGAGAAGAGAUGCAAACAGACAAACAGAGAGAUAAAAGUCACUCCCAGUGAGAAGAGAUGCAAACAGACAGAGAGAGAAAAGUCACUCCCAGUGAGAAGAGAUUCAAACAGACAAACAGAGAGAUAAAAGUCACUCCCAGUGAGAAGAGAUGCAAACAGACAAACAGAGAGAUAAAAGUCACUCCCAGUGAGAAGAGAUGCAAACAGACAGAGAGAUAAAAGUCACUCCCAGUGAGAAGAGAUGCAAACAGACAAACAGAGAGAUAAAAGUCAAUCCCAGUGAGAAGAGAUGCAAACAGACAAACAGAGAGAUAAAAGUCACUCCCAGUGAGAAGAGAUGCAAACAGACAAACAGAGAGAUAAAAGUCACUCCCAGUGAGAAGAGAUGCAUACAGACAAACAUAGAGAUAAAAGUCACUCCCAGUGAGAAGAGAUGCAAACAGACAAACAGAGAGAGAAAAGUCACUCCCAGUGAGAAGAGAUGCAUACAGACAAACAGAGAGAUAAAAGUCACUCCCAGUGAGAAGAGAUGCAAACAGACAAACAGAGAGAUAAAAGUCACUCCCAGUGAGAAGAGAUGCAAACAGACAAACAGAGAGAUAAGUCACUCCCAGUGAGAAGAGAUGCAUACAGACAAACAGAGAGAGAAAAGUCACUCCCAGUGAGAAGAGAUGCAAACAGACAAACAGAGAGAUAAAAGUCACUCCCAGUGAGAAGAGAUGCAUACAGACAAACAUAGAGAUAAAAGUCACUCCCAGUGAGAAGAGAUGCAAACAGACAAACAGAGAGAUAAGUCACUCCCAGUGAGAAGAGAUGCAAACAGACAAACAGAGAGAUAAAAGUCACUCCCAGUGAGAAGAGAUGCAAACAGACAAACAGAGAGAUAAAAGUCACUCCCAGUGAGAAGAGAUGCAAACAGACAAACUGAGAGAUAAAAGUCACUCCCAGUGAGAAGAGAUGCAAACAGACAAACAGAGAGAUAAAAGUCACUCCCAGUGAGAAGAGAUGCAAACAGACAGAGAGAUAAAAGUCACUCCCAGUGAGAAGAGAUGCAAACAGACAAACAGCGAGAUAAAAGUCACUCCCAGUGAGAAGAGAUGCAAACAGACAAACAGAGAGAGAAAAGUCACUCCCAGUGAGAAGAGAUGCAAACAGACAAACAGAGAGAUAAAAGUCACUCCCAGUGAGAAGAGAUGCAAACAGACAAACAGAGAGAUAAAAGUCACUCCCAGUGAGAAGAGAUGCAAACAGACAAACAGAGAGGCAUAAAAAGGAGUGGACAGGGAGAAAGAAAGAGGGUGUCCCUCUCUCACCCUCUCUGUGUCUCCCUCUGAAAUUCCUCCAUGCCACUUUGACUUUACCCCCUACUCCCUACACCCUUCCCACUUCCCAGACAGCCCUCCCUGGCGCCAGUAUGCGUCCCCCAGACCCCCUUUCUCCCCCCUCAGGGCUGCUGCUGUUGCUGGUCUUCUGCCCCCUAGUGGUGGUAGUGCAGGCCAGCAGCAGUAAGAUGGAGAGCGGACACAGCACACACCAUGGAGUUACAGACCCAGACCGCUGUAUGAGGCAUCACUUUGUGGAGACCAUCACACACUCCCUCUACAAGUGCAACUCCAAUAUGGUGUUGCUAGCUCGGUGCGAGGGCCACUGCAGCCACACGUCCCGCUCCGACCCUCUCAUCUCCUUCAGCUCGGUGUUGAAGCAGCCCUUCAAGAGUACCUGUUUCUGCUGCAAGCCCCACACCUCCAAGCUGAAGGCUGUGAGGCUCCGCUGCGCCGGAGGGACCCGCAUCACAGCAACCUACCGCUACAUCCUCGCCUGCAACUGUGAGGAGUGCAGCUGAGCUGGGAAAAAUACUUUAAACUUUAGAACUCUGUCUCCGUGAGAAAGUGUAUGCACCUGUGAGUCGACAGCUGUGAGGAGUGAAAUCCUAGAACUUGAAAAUUAGAAGAACCUGCACCUUUGUAGAACCUAUAAGUUCAGGCCCGAUCCAUGGACCGAGCCCUGGCCUUCAUUUGCAAGUAGUGGAACCCUUAGAGCCCAAUAUAACUCUAGAACCUGAGAGUAUAGGCUAGACCCAUGGAGGAAUCUAGAACCUGAGAGUAUAGGCUAGACCCAUGGAGGAAUCUAGAACCGUCAUGCCUGUUUGUGAUGAGGACUCCAUCGCCACAACGACUAUCUGCCUUUUAGA